GUGAACUGUGAAGCCAUGGUGAUGAAGUAUACUGUCGUGUGCCUUUUGGUACUAGCCUUGUUUGGCAGCUUUUGUGAGGCUCAACAGGGGGGUUACCGUCAGAAACCAUACCAGAGGCCAUCAUCACCCAAACAGGUGCCUUAUGAACCUCAACAGGCAAAGCAGACGUUUGAGAAACCUCUCACCUGGAUUUACCCUGAAGAUCCCCAGCCCGAAGCAGCAGUUGAAGUGCCUUUCGAGCUGAGAUAUCCUGUUGCUGUUGCAUCUGUCUCUGUUGAGUGUAGAGAGAGUGCUGUCCAUGUGGAAGUCAAGAAGGACAUGUUUGGAAUUGGCCAGUUCAUCAAUGCAGCUGACCUUACUCUGGGAAACUGUGGUGCUGUCGCAGAGGACUCUGCUGGUCAAGUGUUGAUCUUUGAGGCUGAGCUGCAGAAUUGUCUCAGCUCAUUGGGGAUGACCGAGGAUUCCCUCAUCUACACCUUCACCAUGAACUACAUUCCCCAACCUCUGGGCGCAUCUCCUGUUGUGAGGACCAGCCAGGCUGCUGUAAUUGUGGAAUGCCACUACCCAAGGAAGCACAAUGUGAGCAGCCUUGCUCUUGAUCCCCUGUGGAUCCCAUUUUCUGCGGUUAAGAUGGCAGAGGAAUUCCUGUACUUCACUCUGAAACUCAUGACUGACGACUGGCAAUAUGAGAGGCCAAGCUACCAAUAUUUCCUGGGAGACACCAUCAAUAUUGAAGCUGUCGUCAAGCAGUACUUCCACGUGCCCCUCCGUAUAUAUGUGGACAGCUGCGUAGCUACUCUGGAACCUGACACAUCCGCCAACCCCAGAUAUGCCUUCAUUGAUAACCAUGGGUGUUUGCUCGAUGCAAGGCUCACAGGCUCCAACUCUAAGUUCAUGCUUCGCUCUGCAGACAACAAGCUUCAGUACCAGUUGGAGGCCUUCAGGUUCCAGAAUGCUGAAAGUGGUCUGCUCUACAUCACUUGCCACUUGAAAGCAACAUCUGCUUCCUCUUCUAUCGAUCCUGAGCAUAGAGCUUGUUCUUGGAACAACGGGUGGCACGAGGCCAGCAAAAUUGACUCAGUUUGUGGCAGCUGUGAAUCUGCCGAUUUGCCACCACCUGACGCUGUAAAGGGUGGUAACUGGGCUGGCAGCGGCCUUAGUGGCAGCGUCAGCAGCGGUAGCAGCGGUCUUAGCGUCGGCGGCGUCGGUGGCGGCUACGGCGUCGGUGGCGGUGGCGGCGGCGGCGGCGGCUACCACAGUGCCCGCGGCAGCCACGGUAUUCACGGUGGUCACGGUGGCCACGGUAGUCACGGUGUCCACGGCGGCGGCGGUGGCGGCGGCGGCGGCGGCAGCGGCUACAACCCUGCAUCCAAUCUUGGAAGAAAGAUACGUGAUGUGUCUGAAGUAUUCGAAUGGGAAGGUGAUGUCACCCUGGGACCCAUCCCCAUUGCAGAGAAGAUGAUUGCCUAACUUAAUUCCCUGCCAUGGCUAGGGCCAUUAAAAUAAACAGUCUUAUUGGUUCAUAA